UGGUUGCAGAUUUAAACCGACUUUCCUGACCGGAGCUUUUAUUAACGUUGAUUUUCUUUUUAUUUUGAUUGUGUAAUAUACCAUAUGCAAAGAUAGACCACUGAACAUUGUUUUUAAAAGCCAUGUUUCUAUAUAUAAACUCUUGUUUCUUUUGUUAUAACAUGUUCGAGCGUAUCAAGUACACUGAUAUACUGUACCGUAAUUGCUUUGGUUUUAAUAACACUAAAAUACUUAAAUGAUUCUUAAAGCGGCCAAGAAAUUGAAUUAAAUUUCUUGAAUUAAAUUGAAUUAAACUGAUCAUAAGAGGCUAUCAUUGACUGGUCUCUGCAGGUUUUCGGCUUGCGUAACUCGCGGGUCAGAUCCGAGCAGCCCCUUUAACCUUUCCCCUACAUUCUUCCGUACGUGCUGUCGUAAUUGCACACGUUACUAAAUUACGGCGGCGUGUUCACGUGUCUCCAUGGAAACGUUUGUGUUCUACUUCUACUAGCUAGCAGUUCUCCCUGUCGCUCUUUGAAAAGUCAGAUUUUAAGCAUUUUGUUUUGCGUAUUACAUACAAAUAUUUUUUUUCCUUAAGUUUUCAAAGCUGGAGCUGUUUAAUUCAGCUUUUUUCUUUAUAUUUUAGUCAUGUUAUAAUUAUGUAUCCCCGCCUCUCGCCCGGAACGUUAGCAGGAGAUAGGCACGAGCACCACUUAUUUUCUAACAAGGGUGUUAGAAAAUGAAUGGAUGGAUGGAUAAUUAUGUAUUGAUCGAGUAAAGCACUCUAAUGAGUGCCUAUCUCCAUCCUUGGGAGAUGGUGACCAAGGCUGCUAUGCAGAAGUAUCCAAAUCCCAUGAAUCCCAGUGUGUUUGGAGUGGAUGUACUAGACCGAAACCUUGACCAACAGGGCCGCCUCCACAGUAAAAGGCUGCUCAGCACAGAGUGGGGCCUACCGUCCAUUGUAAAAUCUCUCAUCGGAAAUGUACGAACGUGCACCUACAUUCAGGAGAGCUCGAUUGUGGAUCCAAAAGAGAAAAUGUUUGAACUUCAAUCUUCAAAUAUCACCUUCACAAACAUGGUGUCUGUGGAUGAAAGGUUAACCUACAAACCACAUCCUGAAGAUCCAGAGAAGUAUAUUUCAUGUUACUCUUUCAGUUUUUCUUUUUGCGUUGUGAAUUGUGAUGUAUUAAAUUUUCUCUCUGAUUUCUUUCAAAUCAUCAUUCUUUUUAGAACAAUAUUAACUCAAGAAGCUAUCAUCUCAGUGAAAGGCAUCAGUCUCAGCAGUUACCUGGAAGGGGUCAUGGCCAACACCAUUUCAACCAAUGCUGGAAAGGGCCGUGAAGCCAUGGAGUGGGUUAUAAGGAGGCUGAACGCAGAGAUCGAGGAGCUGGCAGCCACAGCGCGAGGGACCAUACGAACCCCAAUGGCUGCUGCAGUCACAGAGAAAUGACACCUUCCUCAUUAGUUUAGAGACUGUACAUUGAGACCACCAGCCUCCCUUUAUGAUGCUCUGGUGCUGAUUUGGUGCUCUGGGCUUUUUGUAGUGUUCAAGGGGUACACUUUACUAUCUACAUUAGAUGUAUUUAAAGCAGCAGACUCCAGCAUUAACUGGUUCUGAAGAGACUUUCCAGGGCAGCACAGCACUGAUGUGGGCAACAGAUGGAGAAUCAUGCAGCACACUCAGGGACAGGUUUAAACACUAUUGACAGGAGCAACUGGCUGAACCAGAAACACAAGAAAAAGUGCCAAAGCAGACCUUGCUUUUUGUCCAAUCUCUCUCACACCUAUCUUUGCCAGAUGUGCUUUGAUAUUUUUAUAUCAGAAUGUCAUCGACUGUUCUAGUUUCAGCUUCCUACAAAGAUGAGCUGUAAAGAGAGGCAGUUCUUAUUGAGCUCCAGAAGAGACUAAAGGGGCUUACAUUGACGUGUGAUGGCAGAAAACUACUUGUGAAAGUGUCAUUUAAAUUAUGUUUAUGAACAAAAGUUGGAGUAAAUGAGGAGGUUAAAGGGUCAGAAACCCUCUCAACACUUUUCUGUGGGACCGCAGCAAUACUGGGACUCUGUACUGGGCACCAUGUGCAAGCCUGAUUCUAGACUGUAUUUAUUAACUUGUUAUAAAUGUUUGUCUUAUGAGAGGAUCAAACUUGCCAUAUUUAUUACUUUGAGUUGAUGGGAAGAUUCUUUCCAAUGCGACAUCAGGAGCAAUCUUUUGUUGGUGUAUUUAAGUGUCUUCCGUCAUAAAAUUGAUUCAUGACCCUUUUAUAAAUGUCUUUAAACUGUUAAAGUUAUUUAUUUAGUUUCUUCUAAAGAGGGUUGUGGAUUUUUUUUGUCUAUUAAUAAUGUGAUAAUAAAUUUCUUUAUUUAAAAACUGCAA